UUGCCCUACGCGUCAAAAUGAAUGUGGACACGCUUUUUGUGCUGCUUUUUGUUAUUAUCAUGGUUUUCGCGAUUGACAAUCAGGCAGUUGCGGCAAAGAGAGGGAGAAAUAAAUCUUCAGAAAAUAGGAGGAAUGCGAUUGUGCAGUGCUGUGGAGGAAGUUCGUGCAUAAAUACUGCAACAAAAUCAAAGGCUAACACUACAAUCUCUACAAGUUCAAAAUCAGAAACAGAAAUUACAAAGUUAACAACAGAGACUGACACUGAGUCUUUGCCAUCCGAUGAGCCUACGACAGAUGAAACUACUUCUGCUGAAAUUACCACUUCUCCAGAAUCUUCAACUAGCACAUCCACAAGCACCACCACAACAACCACAACCACGACGACAACAACAACAACUACAACAACAACAAAACCGCCAACCAAAGAGGAGCUUAUUCUUGGAACUUGUGAAAAUACUUUCGCGCAAGACCUGAAGUUAUUUAACACUGAUGGGACCCUUAAAGACCCGGAGAAGUAUGGAUUUUGGGUGCAAUCUUGCGGCCAGCAAUUUGUUUUUGGAAAAUCAAUUGCCACUUGGAGAGAAAAUUUCAUACGAUGCUACCAAAUCGGAAUGGAGCCCCUGGUUUUUGAAAACGCCACAAAAUUAGAAUGCUUUUCGAAUUUGGUUACCAAGUGGAAAUACAGUUCAAGUUACUGGACCUCCGGUUUAAGGGUGAACGAAAGCGAAUUUUCUUGGUGCACAAAGAACGGGUCAUUCGCGGUGGAUAGAACGAAACUGCCCUGGGCAACAGGUCAGCCUCAAAAUGCAAACAACUCUGAAAACUGCCUGCACCUCAACGUGACAAAAUCAACUGCAACUUUCACAUUCUCGGACAGAAUGUGCACCGACCCGCAAAUAUUUGCAUGCCAGGGCCCAACGACUCCAGCGCCGUCAUGCUCAAUGCCUUCGUGUCCUAACGUCACCUGCACAAAAAAUCCUCUACUUUAUACUACGGCAGGAAGCAUGGUGUUUUUGACAUCACCAAAUGAUUACGGCAAUUGGUUCACUUACAACGGACGGACGUAUCUUUUCAGCCCACCAAACAAAACCGACACUUAUAUUGGUGCAAUGCAAGCGUGUUGCGGAAUAGGAAUGACUCUGCUGAGUUUGGAGUACGAUUAUAAAUACAAAUCUGUUAUCGCAGCAAUCAAAGAUAAUUCCAAUUUGAGUGAUUAUUACUGGACGUCCGGCAGCGACCGGGGCUGCGAGUCGAAUUUUGGUUAUUGCACGGCAAAAAGAAUUUUGCGCCAAGAAGCAAUUUGGGCUUCAGGUCAACCAGACAACGCAGACGGAAACGAGAGCGCGGUUGUUGUUUUCAUUAAUCAGAACAACGCUCAAUUAUACGAUUUUAACGAGGAUUCGAAAUUCAGAUACAUUUGCGAGGCUCGGGACACUUCAAAGUCAAAGUCAGGAGGCACUGCAGUUAGGGAUGAGUGUGCAGCCAUUUACAAUGUCAACCAAACUGAAAUUGAUGACUUAUUAAAUCCAAAUACCAAAAAAGAUAUGAGGAUAAAGUGCUUUGCUAGAUGCUUGGGGGAGAAUUCUGGAUUGAUGGUGAAUGGAAAAUUUUUGGAGAACGAAGUUAUGGCGAUUCUGGAGAAAAUGUCUGGUGGGAAUUUGGAUGAGCUUCAGAAAAGCAUGGGUAUCAUGGACGAAUGCGGAAAUUCCUCAAGCGCUGUUGGUAUGGACGAGUGCGACAAAGCGGCACAAAUGAUGAAAUGCAGCAGCGAAAAAGCACCUGAGCUUGUAAACGGCAUAAUCACGGCCAUGGACCAAGCAAUGCCAAUGGAAAAGGCUCCCCUUCCGCCAGUAGGAGACUGUUCAGAUGCAGUAUGCAAAGAUCCUCCAAAUUUAUUCCUGGCUCAAGAAAUUGCUAGUUGCACAGGAAACUGUACAACCACGAAUGGCUUCGUUCGGACAAUGUGCGGCAAAAAGUACUAUCAUCACAACGCAGUGAAUAAUUACACGACUAGUUAUCAAACCUGCUGUCAGUACGGAAUGAAGCUUAAUUCACUUGAAUCGGUCGAAGAAAUAAAUUGCCUCGCUGGAAUAGGCACGCCAAUGGCAGGCGCUUGGUCAGAAGUUGCGUUGAGCAGAAUCAACAGCACCACCCCCCGAUGGUGCACUUCGAACGUCACAUUUUCUUUCAAUGGAUUUGCAUCUGUAAAUAGCGACACGCGUUACGAAUUUAACGUUUACGCCGUCACGUUAAGUACCAAAACACUCUGCAUGACUUAUGUUCAAAAUAUGCAUUAUCCUCUAUGCACAACAGUUUGA